GCGCGGGCGCGGGAAAGCGGCGCAUGCGCAGCGACUCCAGCUGAGACUUCUCUAACCUUCACCCGGCGCCAGCCGAGGACGCAUGCGCUGUAUGCCUAACUGAACCCUAUUUCAAACCCCCGGCACCGGCCAGCUCCGCAUGCGCAAUGCGCUCACCUGAGACUUUUCUUGUUUCCCCUUCCUGCCUAGACAAGCUGGGGAGUUUUUUCGCUUUACUCCUGCAUUAGAUGGUUGGGGCUUGUUCACGUUACUUCCGGCAUGUGCCGCGCACCCCUGUGGUGUGAGUGUGACUGGAGCAGGAUGAUACCUACAGACACAUAAGAGGAUUGCUGGACAAUGGCAGUGUUUGAUACCCCACAAGAAGCGUUUGGGAUCUUGCGCCCAGUCUGUGUACAGCUAACAAAGGUGCAGACUACAGAAAAUGUGGAACGCUUGCAGGCUCAGCUGCAGAUGGUUGGUGACUCUGCCCUGCAGGAAUUGCAGGAGUAUGUCCUUUUCCCAUUGAGGUUCACCUUGAAGACCCCAGGGCCCAAACGGGAGAGUCUUGUCCAGAGUGUGGUGCAGUGCAUCACAUUCAUCCUUUCAACAACAUGUGUGAAGAAGCAGGACCUCGUCCAGGAGCUUUUUUCUGAGCUCUGCUUGUGUCUAUCUUCUCCAUCUGGUUUGCAGCCACCAGCCCCACUAUCAGAGGAAUUAAAACUGACUGUAAUCCAAGCACUCCAUGUCCUGAUGCAUUCAGCUUAUGGUGACAUUAUCCUGACUUUGUAUCAGCCUUCUACCCUUCCUCACUUAGGAUUUGCUGUAUCUUUGCUUUUAGCCUUGGCAGAAAAAGAGCAAGCAAAGCAAAUUAAGCUGGCUGCCUUAAAGUGUUUACAGGUACUAAUUCUACAGUGUGACUGCCUGGAGCAUCAUAGACUCCUAGACACGGUUGAAACAAGACAAUGUGGGAAUUUGUUUGCUUCUUUUCUACCUGGGAUCUCUAUUGCCUUGUCCCGGGUUAUUACUGGAGACAUCAAACAAGGUCAUAUGGUCACUGUUUCUGCCAUCAAGCUCUUUUAUCACACUGUCAGCUUGGUAAUGGCAGAUGAACAACUAGCCACAAUCACAAAGGACGAAGAGAAACCUUCAGUGGAAAAAAGCAGACUAUCUGAGCUUGUGGUCCAUAGAGGACCGGACUGGGUAAAAAGCACUGCAGAUAAAUUGUCUCUCCUUAUCCACAAGAUAGUUGAAUUUGCUUCUCUUCACCCUCACUGGAAGGUCAGGAUGGAAUUGGUGAAACUGGUCCAUCACCUUAUGUUGAAGUGCAGUCAGUCACUGGUGGAAUCAGUUGGUCACCUGUUAAAAGCCUUGGUUGGGCUUGUUAAUGAUGAAAGCAAUGAGGUCCAAAGCAAGUGUCAUGAGAUUCUCAGGAGCACUGCAGAGCUGAGAACAGUAGCUGAGAAUAGGGCUCUUGCUGAUAUUCUGUCAGAGAAUCUGCAUUCCCUUGCCACAGCUCUUCCACGUCUGAUGAACUCUCAGGAUGAUCAAGGCAAGUUCUCUACCCUGAGCUUAUUACUUGGCUCCCUGAAGUUGCUGGGCCCCAAGGUUAACAUUGUCCUCAACUCUGCAGCCCACCUCCAGCGUCUCUCCAAAGCCCUGAUGCAAGUUCUGGAGCUGGAUGUGGCGGAUGUGAAGAUUGUUGAAGAAAGAUGUUGGGGCCCUGAAAGCUCUCUAGGUGAGCCCUCUGAUUCCUUGCAGCAUGGUUUGCAGGAGGGCAAAUGUCAGAAGAAACACUUCCGGUUCUUCAUCGAUGAGCGGAUUUUCUUGCUUAUUCAGCAGGUUUGCCGGGUACUUGGCUACUACGGGAACCUCUACUUGCUAGUGGAUCAUUUCAUGGGGCUAUACAGAGAAUCUGUUGUGUACCGGAAACAGGCUGCCAUGGUCCUCAAUGAGUUGAUCACAGGAGCUGCUGGACUGGGGGUAGAUGUUCUUCAUGAACGGGAAACUACAGUGAGCACGGAAGACCUUAAAGGGACCAUAAUGUCCAUCCUCGAAGAUUAUACUGACCAGGCAAACUGGUAUCUGACCACCAGCGUUGGCACUGAGGGAACCAGCAAUGAGUUGACUGUGAAACAUUCAAGAGCACAUGCUAUCCCAGGAGGUGCACAGAGCAGUUCUCUGAUUUCAUCCUUCUCUCCUUCUUCAGACCCACGCCCAACCAUUCGCUCCAUGAACAGCAAUAUCUGGCAGAUCUGCAUCCAGCUGGAGGGGGUUGGCAGCUUUGCAUAUGUGCUGAGGAAAGAGUUCCGCUUGCUUCUAACAUCAGUCCUCUACCCUGUGCUUGAAAAGGCUGGGGACAGCACUCUGCUCAUUAGUCAGACGGCGAUUGGCACCAUGGUGGAUGUCUGCCAUGCCUGUGACUAUGACUCUGUGCAAAAUCUGAUUAAUGCUAACUCGGACUAUCUGGUGAAUGGGAUUUCCCUAAACCUGCGUCGGGUGGCACAUCAGCCUCAUGCCUCGCGGGUCUUGGAAGCCAUGCUCAGGCAUUCGGAUGCCAGCUUGCUCCCACUGGUGGAGGAUGUGAUCAGAGAUGUCCUGUCUGCCCUUGAUCAGUUUUAUGACGACCGAGCUUCCUCCUUCCUUGGGGUCCUGUCCACAUUAGUGGCAGCUUUAGUCCAGUGGUUCGUGGUGGUGAAGGGUAAGGAGCACCCACAGAAGCAGAAUCUAGAGCAGCAGAGCAGCACUUCAUGCCAGAAGCAGGGGAAAGGGUCUGUAAUUACCCCCAUGGUGCAAGAAGUGGAACAGUUCUUCCUGGACUACAUCAAACAGAAGCAGAUUGCAGAAGGCAACCUUCCAGCCAUGGAGGAGGAGGAAGAGGAGGUGCAGGACCUCCCUCCUGAGCCUGAGAUGAACGACACCGGUGCGGAGGGCGAGACUCCAUUGCCAGCCCAUGCCCAGAUAGCAAAGGAUGUGAUGGAGAGAUGUAUCCAUUUACUGUCUGACAAGAGUCUGCGGGUGCGGCUGAAGGUCCUGGAUGUGCUGGAGUUCUGCGUCACUGCGCUGCAUCUUCAUGAAAACCAUCUGCUUCCCAUGGCUCAUCGCGCCUGGCCGGUGCUUGUCACCCGGCUGAUUAACGACGACCCACUGGCAGUGCUCAGAGCCUUCAAGGUGCUAUGUACCCUGGCUGAGAAGUGUGGAGAUUUCCUGAGGCAACGAUUCUCCAAAGACGUCCUGCCCAAGCUGACUGGUUCCCUUGUCACCCAGGCGCCAGUCAGUGCCAGAGCUGGACCUGUGUACAGCCAUACUCUUGCCUUCAAGUUACAGCUGGCCGUGCUGCAGGGGCUGGGCUCGCUGUGUGAGAAGCUGGACUUGGGCGAGAGUGACCUGAAUAAAGUAGCAGAUGCCUGUGUGAUUUACCUCAGUGCCAAACAACCGGUGAAACUGCAAGAGGCUGCCCGGAGUGUUUUCCUCCAUUUGAUGUGUGUGGACCCGAUGCUACCUGGCUCUUUCUGAAUGAGAUCUGCCCUCUCCAGUAUGAGCCCCCCACCCCAGCCUCCACCCCGUGAAGCUAGACAGGAUGGGAGGCAACGGACUGAGUUCACUGACAACGUGCUGGGCCUGCUGAGUGAGCUGCAGCGACGGGAGACAGCAGCCUUUCAAACCGGGCUCCAAGAGGCAUCUGAGCCCCAACCCCCCUCCCUGACCGAGGCACUGGGAUAGCAGCUGGGGGAAGCGAGAAACCGCUGGUGUAAAUACAGUGCUGUCUUGGAACAUCCCAUCGCCUCAGACGGAAUCGCUGUGGAGGAAGAUGAGAGCUGCUCCUGGACUGAGAUACGGCUCCCUGAAGCAGAGUUUCCAAAGGCAUUUGAGGGCAAGUUAGGUGUAGCACACGGCCGGCCUGCACUCCUCUGCACACACAUGGGGCCGAAGGGGCACGUGCAUCUCAGGCUCUUUUGUGGCUAAAGAAGAUUGUUAAGACGCUCCUGUCCCUAUUAUCAAAACACUUGGCUGCUGCCAGAAUGCCGCUGCCAGGGCUGCCCCAGGCCAGAGAAUGCAACUGCAUCCCUCCCCUGCUUACAAGGCAGCAGCAGAGAAGUGGGUUCCUCCCCUCCCCUCCCCACCCAAUACACUCACCUCCCCGUCUUCACUGGUUAUAAAUGAUCGCCUGAAAACUUCAAUUUAAAUUUCCUCCCCUCACUGACCUUAAACUUUUUCAAUAUGGCAGAAACUCUGUCUCUAGCAGUGCUUCAUAUUAAAGAAACAAUGUAAAAAAAAAUCGUGUUUCAAAGGAAAUCCCUCACCUGCGCUUCUGAUAAGAGCUGAGAUGAUCAAACCAGCAGGGCUCUUCCUAAAGCCCCUUUUAGCAGCAUUGGGGUCGUUUAUAUUUUGCAGUUCACUCACUUAGGGCAAUAAAACGAGACUGGCAGGUUUUACUUCCCAGGUCUCUUCCUAGAUUUUUCAGGGCAGAAGGGACCAUUCUGAUCAUCCAGUCCUGUGGUUUUCAACCUGUGGUCUGUGGAACCCUGGGGCUAUGUCUAAGAUUUCCAAAGGGGUCCACAUUUCCAGUCAAAAUUUUUUAUGGGUCCACAAAUGAAAAAGGUUGAAACCACUGGUCUAAUCUGACCUCCUGCAUCAAAGGCCAGAGAACAUCACCCAGCAAUUUCUGCAUCAAACCCAAACUUGUUGAGCUAGAGCAGAUGUGUUAGAAGAAUAUCCAGUCUCGACUUAAAGACUGCAAGGAUCCCCCACAGGCCAAGGUGAGUUGUUCCGAGGGUUAAUCACCCUGCCCCUUAAAACAUUGUGGGAUAUUUCUAGUCUGAAUUUGUCUAACUUCAGCUUCCAGCCCUUGAAUGUUAUUAGGCCUUUUUCCGCUAAAUAGCCAUUGCUUAGUAGCAGUCUCUUCCCCAAGUAGGCUAUGUGUAGAAUGUGGUCAAGUCACUGUUUAGCCUUCCCUUGGAUAAACUAGCGUGUGCGUCUUAAGGCGCUCACCAUAAGGCCUGUUUUCAGGCCUCAAAUCAUUCUUGUAGUUCUUUUGUGCACCCCUUUAAAUAGUUCAGCAUUCUAAGCCAAUAGGUCCUAGGUAAGCUCUUAGUAGUUCAAGUAUAGCAAAGUGGUGCACACUAUUUUAUAGCACUCGGAAGUGCUGUUUGUGCCACGAGGGUUGUACUAUUUCUGCGCUGCUGUUUGCGUGCUUGCACGGGUGCCUGGAGGCAGCAGCUAGACUGCAGAAAUUAUUCUUAAUCAGAAAGACUGAGGCCUUUCAAGGGAAAAAAUUGAACAUUACUAAUACAAACUGCAUCACAGCUGUCACUGAGCAUUGAGAAACAGCAUGCAGAUUCCCUGCAAGCAUUGUACUACAUCCCACAUUCUGUUACUAUGAAAGGAGGAGGAGGAGGAGAACUAAGAUUCAGAGAAGCAAAACAGAUGUAGUUUAAGCAGGAAAGGAACCUGGCUAAGGCCUUGUUAUGUUUACCUUAGGGCCUACACUACUGCACUAGCCCAGUGAUGCAGUGUUUAGGUUCACAGCAUUGCAGGCAGAUGUUAAAAUAAGAGGAAAGACCUGUUGCAUUAAUGAAACUGAACAAAACCUUUGGAUUCAUGUUGGGUUUUGUACACUAUUUUUUCUUAAACCUAAAUUUGGCAGCUAGACUAGCGAGUGGCAGUUAACCCAGUAACAUGGCCUAAUAUCACUCGCAGCCUAGUUUGAACCUCAUUUUUACUGUUGUCUGCACAAAUCAGAGACUGAUUUUUUUUGCUAAUGAUGUUGCCUGGAGUAAGGCUCCAAACAUAAAAUUACACCCAGCAUUAGCUAGUUUUUCUGCACCAUUAAUUUGUUAGGAAAUAAAAUGCUAUAAAAUACU